CGCCAUGAAGGCCGACAAGGACCCGUACGACGACUCUUCUGUCGAUGCAUUCGGCCACUACCACGACGGCGAGCUCGCCCAAGUCGACGUCGCCCUUCAGGGCUCGGUCGAGCCGCUGUCGGCCAAGUCGGUCGAUGCCAUCAACCGCCUCGCACGCUACAAGCCGCCGCCAGACCCUUACCCGUUCCCCGAGGGUCGCGCAGCCGUCCUCGUGUGCUUGUUCGGCUCGAGGUCCGGCGACAACCUCAACGUGAUCCUCUCGACUCGCAGCGAGACUCUCCGGACAUAUCCAGGACAAGUUGCGCUUCCCGGCGGCAAGAUGGACGAUACAGACAUCAACCUCGAGGCGACCGCCCGACGAGAAGCUUUCGAGGAGAUCGGUCUGCCGAUAGACACAACCCGGAUACGGUAUCUCACCGCGCUCCCGCCGUUCCUCGCGCGCUCGAUGAUGCUCGUCACGCCCGUCGUCUGCCUCCUCCUCGACUACACGCUCAAGCCCGAAAUCAACCCGUCCGAGGUCGCCGGCGUCUUUUCGUUCCCGCUUGAGGGCUUCCUCACCUCGUCGCCGACCCACCCCGUCUUCCACCGACCUCAUCCCGCCGUCGUCACGAGCGGCGCGGCGCCGUACUACACGUUCGAGGACUACCCGUGGUUCGACGGCCGGCGGCACCGCUUUCACUCGUUCGAGACGAGCCCGCAGGCGGUUACGGGGCUCACGGCCGAGAUCCUCAUCCACGUCGCCAUGCUUGCCUACGCGCGCGAGCCCGAAUUUCCCCUGUACGCGAGCGACCAACGCCCAUACGACCUUCUCGUCAAGCGUGCGCUCCGGGAUCCACGGUGGGACGAGUUCAGGCGGCGGUGGAGGGAGCGCAAGGCCGAGAAGGAGCGGGCGAGCAAGCUGUGA